AAAAAGUGUAGGGGGCUCGUGCAGCUGGUAUUCCAUCUUCGAGCUCUCCACGAGCCUUUCAGACCAGCCGCACGCGCGCUCCUGUCCACCUCCGUCCCCGUCGCAGACCUCUGUCUCUGUCUCUGUCUCCGUCCGGACUAACCCAGCACACUUUCCCCUCUACCCGAGAGCGCACCACCUGAAGAACCAUGGAGGCCAUCAAGAAGAAAAUGCAGAUGCUGAAGCUGGAUAAGGAGAACGCGAUAGACCGAGCGGAGCAGGCUGAGGGGGACAAGAAAGGAGCGGAGGACAAGUGCAAACAGCUGGAGGAGGAGUUGCUGGGCCUGCAGAAGAAGCUGAAAGGAGUGGAGGAUGAGCUGGACAAAUACUCUGAGUCGCUGAAGGAUGCCCAGGAGAAGCUGGAGCAAGCAGAGAAGAAGGCAACAGAUGCCGAGGCAGAGGUGGCGUCUCUAAACAGGCGUAUUCAGCUGGUGGAGGAGGAGUUGGACCGAGCUCAGGAGAGACUGGCUACUGCUCUGCAGAAGCUGGAGGAGGCUGAGAAAGCUGCAGAUGAGAGCGAGAGAGGAAUGAAGGUCAUAGAGAACAGAGCGUCGAAAGACGAGGAGAAAAUGGAGAUCCAGGAGAUGCAGCUGAAGGAGGCCAAACACAUCGCUGAGGAGGCCGACCGCAAAUAUGAAGAGGUUGCUCGUAAACUGGUGAUCCUGGAGGGUGAUCUGGAGCGCUCAGAGGAGCGUGCCGAGGUGGCCGAGGCGAGAGUGAGGGAGCUGGAGGAGGAGCUCAGACUAAUGGACCAGAAUAUGAAGUCCAUGAUGUGCGGAGAGGAAGAGUACUCACAAAAGGAGGACAAAUAUGAGGAGGAAAUUAAAGUUCUUACUGACAAACUGAAAGAGGCUGAGACCCGUGCAGAGUUCGCAGAGAGGUCUGUGGCCAAGCUGGAGAAGACCAUCGAUGACUUGGAAGAGAAACUGGCCCAUGCCAAGGAAGAGAACCUGGACAUGCAUCAGGUCUUGGACCAAACCCUUCUGGAGCUCAACAAUCUAUAAAGAACUUUACAAAGCUAGGUGGAGGACAGCAAGGUUAAUCUCUCAGCAUAACAUCUAAAGUUGUUAUAGGUAAAAACAAGUUAUGUGAGAAUUGGUUCAGAUGUAAAUCUAUGGAGCCCCUGAAAUGACAUGAGCAAGAAAGUGUAUAUUGCAAAAUGAGAGCUACCUUGUGUACAUGCACUGUAAAGGUAAUCAGAAAUUAACUUACAAUCAAAAAGUUCCAAGCAUUCACCCUUGGGCAGAACUAUCUCAAGAGCAAUUGUUCCUAUUAGAGACUUUUCUCUUGUUUGAUCAAACUUGACAAAGCAUUUCUCAUUGGGCAUAUAUGUUUGUGUAGCAGAGCCCACUUAUGUAUUGACAUCUUCUAAGAAUAAUGAUAAUAAUGUCCAAAGCUUAAUUGAGGCGAAAUUUCUUUUGGAAGGUAUCAACAAAUGCUGUCUGAUUGGGGCAUCAAAUCAGAACACACAUAUUUAAGAAGGGAAUGACCAAGAGCAUAUUUAGUCUUUAAAUUUGGAGGACUUGUUGAAAUGUCUCUUGUUUUACCUUGAGGGGCAACAUACAAGGUGUAUUGCCUUCACAACCGCUCAAAGUGUAUGUGGUAGUGCAUCUUUUCUAGUAAAAUGUACUUAUUUUAGAUUGGCUACAUUAUUUGAAGUCAUUCUUGGCAGGUGUAUUGGGCAUGUCACAACAUUAGAUUAGUCAUCUAAGUUACUAAUAGAAUAAACUUGUAGAAAUAUGAGAGCGGGACUGAUUUUCCAUGUUAAAAUAUGAAUUGAAUAGUGGUGGUGGGAGCUGUCAUACUGACACCUAACCAAACUGAAUAAAGGUUUUAUAUAUUGUAACAAAAGAGCUUUCCUCAAAAGAUAGAUAUCAUCAUUCUAGGAAUUCCUUUGAGAUGUUAUCACUUUUUACAGUGAUGUCAUAGUCUGACAUAAACAUCGUUCAUUACCUUGCCAGAAGGUUCUCCGUACAGCCCUGUCAACAAACUGCGAUCGACAGACGCUCACAAACAAAUAAUUGCUUUCAGUAGUGAUAUCUGUCUGUGUCUUUUUUUACUUUGACAUAAGGUAAAGUUUGAUCGAUUCCGAAUUAUUACCCAUGUACUGAUUCAAAAUCACCAGUGUAAACCCUUUUGGAAUAAACAAAG